AUGGAUCAGUCAUCUGGAAAUACAAUAAAUUGUACUACUCGAGAAUGUGUAAUGGAUAAUUUGAAAUUAGAAUUCAAAUUGAUGUCUAAUAUCAAUAUGAGUGUCGAUCCUUGUGAUAAUUUUUAUGAAUUCGCUUGCGGUAAUUUUGACAACUUUCCCGCUAAUUAUGCACAAUUUUUUGGCGAUUACUUUGGUUAUUCACCAAGCACCAUGUAUCCUGGUAGCAAAGCAGACAAACUAGAUGAUUUAAUAGAAAUAAUAUCGAAAUUAGGCGAGUGUCCCGUUAUCAAAGGCUCUAAAUGGAACGGCACUAAUUUCGAUUGGAUAAGUUUUAAUAACAAAGCAGGCAAUCUCGGCGCCCAUAAAAGAUUAUUUCUUCAUUUAUAUCCUCAACUACAUCGCAAAGGUAAGCAAUAUGUUGAGUUUGAAUUUUCACAUGAAAAUAUCAAAAAUCUCCAGAAUAAUAUCACAAUUAAUGCUUACUAUAAGUAUUUGGUCGAUGUUGCUGAACUUCUUGGUGCAAAUGAAACACAAGCAAAAAUAGAACUCAUGGAAUCAUUGGAAUUUGAACUAAAACUUAUCAAUAUAAGCAAUAACAAAGAUGUAGUGUCAAAAAAUGAAGAUAACGCCAGCAAAAUGUCGCUUAAGCAAAUAAGAGAAAAGUGGCCAGGUCUCGGAAGAUUGAGAAAUUUGUUCUUCAGUAUUAACCGUCCAGAUUACAAUAAUUUGGCCACGUUUGGAGUCACUAUUGGGCAUGAAAUGGGACAUAGCAUUCAUGUUUCUUACGAUGCUGUUGAUGAGUUCGGAAGAAAAGGCAACGGAUGGAGUGCAUUGGCAGAAGAGAAGUUCAAGGAAACAAAAAAGUGCUUAAUGGAACAAUUCUCGAAUUAUUCUGCUGAAACUACUGGAGAAAAACUAAACGGUUCAAUGUAUUUGGAAGAAAAUAUUGCUGAUAAUGUUGGUAUACAAGUUGCUUAUUCGGUCUACCAAGAUCGGGUCAAAAACUAUGGACCCGAAGCAACUUUUUCUAACUUGCCUUAUAAUUCGAAUCAGUCGUUUUGGCUGUCCUAUGCAGGUCAAUGGUGCACAUCAAAGUCCUCAGUGUCCCAAAUAGAUUUAAGCGAUGUGCAUGCUCCAGUCGAUAAACGUGUCAUUGGAGUACUUUCAAACAGUCCAGAAUUUUCAAAAGAUUUCAAUUGUCCCUUAGGCUCUAACAUGAAUCCUGCGAAGAAAUGUAGCGUAUUUUCAUGA